AUGAGAGUUUAUAUGAAACAUAAUUAUAUAUUAAUAUUACUAACUUUUUUUAUAUAUGUGGUUAUUGCGGAUUCUAAAUUUUCAUAUCAAUAUUCUUCAUCAGAUAAUGAAGUACCAGGUAAUUCUAGUAAUAAAAUAGAUAAAAUAAGUCAAUCUGGAAAGACAUCGGCUAAAAUAGAUAAUUUUUUAGGUAAUGAAUCACUUGAUAUGAACAAACAAGACAUGUUAGAUAGUAAAACAAGUUUAAAUGAUGAAACUUUAAAAAAAAAACCUGGUUUUUUCGAAAAAUUAUUUAGUAUAUUUGGGAAAAAAUCACGAAAAAAAGACAUAAAUGAAGAUUCUUCUGGUAUUUUAGAAAAACCUGUAUACCAAAGUUUUGACAAAUCAGAUACAUCUGAACUACCAUAUUCUGGUGAAGUAAGUAGUCUUGAUUCAAGUAUUAAAUUACCAAGUGACUUUAAAGGACUUUAUGGGGAAGGAUCUGAAUACAACGAAGUUGAGGUUUCAGAAGCUGAACAAUUAGACAGUAAUAAUUCUAAUUUACAUCAAUUUGAGGAAUCUUUAUAUUCUCCAAUAUCACCACCAGGAGAAAUUAUAGACAAAAGUAAAGAUAAAUCAUUUAUAGAUAAAAACAAUUCACCAGAGUAUGAUCAAUCUAAAGUUGAAAGUUUUAGUGAAGUAACUCAACAAAGUGAUAUAUCUCAAGCACUUAGAAUAGAUCCAACUUUGCAUAAAACUUUUAAUUUUGAACUUAAACAUAACGAUGAGGAUGUAAUUCAUGAAACUAAAAGUAAAGUUGAUUUAAAAGAAAGUAAAAAGUCAAAAAGACAACGGAAUUUUGAACCAUCAAAAAUACUUGAAAAAUUUAGAGAUAAUUUGGUGUAUGAAGUUUCUUAUAAACCUGCAAAAACGAAUUAUGAAGAUUACUCUACUAAUGGAUCACUAGAUAGUUUAGAGCAAUUAGAUGAUCAUAAAAUACAAGAUAAAGAUAAGGAUAUUGUUUUAAGAGAGUUAUUUGAUGAUGCAUCUAAUAGAGAGAUGUAUGCUUCGACUAUUUCAAACUAUGAAGAUGAAGUUAAAUAUAAAGAUGAAUCUAAUUUAAAGGGAACUUCAACGUUUAUUUCAAAACUAGGAA